AUGAUUCCAUACUAUCCCGCUGUCUACAUUGGCCCCAACGGCGAGCAGUUCCCCGUCGGAUACCACCCCCCUCCAAUGGCUGCCCCCUUUGAACAUCAACAUCCUCACCCUCACUCGCACUCGCAUCAGCAUCAGAACCACAUUCUACACCAGCAGCACCAGAACACUCUAUCACUGCCUCAACAACAACAGCAACAACAGCGUCCAAUCCAGCAACAGCAGCCCCAACCUCAGCACCAACAGCACCCACAGCAUCGAACCCAGCAUCAGCAUCCUCGACACCCGCCCCAGCAGCACACUCAAGCACGCACAUCGUUUCAGCCUCAUGGCCCAACGAGCGCGCCCCUAUCUUUUGUUGGGUCAACAACCAAAUCUUCUGACACGGGCGAACAUUCGACGCUCGAUACUAUCUCAACACCAGACAUGCGCCAGCUCGAAUCCUCGGCCUCGCUCGAGAGCAUAACCUCCAGCACAACCAGCACUUCAGGAGCCAGGGAUGAAGCAGACGAAGACGAGACUAGGAAUCCAGACGAGGCAGUGUCUUCUUCUCCACCGACUCUUCCCUCAGGGCCAAUUUCCCGCUCGCCUGUAGACAAUCAAGAGUUGGCACAAUCACCGGCCAAAGCGUCCUCCCGUUCUCUACCCCAGGAGACGUCACACCAUUUCGACUCCGUCCCACCAUUGCCUGACAAACCAGCCUCGCCCACCAACAACAACAAGGUCACCGCAGGAGCAUUAUCUCCCAGCAACAGAACUCUUUCCAGCCACGAGGAGACACAGAACUCUUCUCCCGAAACAGUUGCUCAGACUCCAGCUCAAAAAGGAGGCUCUUCUGAACAAGGCCAACAACAGCAACAACAGGAAAAUGAAACCCACCAACGGAAUCCUCAAGACGAUACCCCUUUCCCUUACAAGACCAAUACCCCCCCUCGUCCUCAAACACUACCACAGCAGCAGCAACAGCAGCAGCUCCUCUCUCCUAACUCUGCACAACACCCUGCCCACUCUUCAGCCCUUUAUCAAGGACAGUCCGGUAUGUCGCCUGGAUCUCAUGCAGCUCCUGUGACGGAUAAUCGAGCUGCACCUCCGUUUCAUGUAGCAGGAGGAUAUAAGCGCCCUUUCAUGCAUCCAGGGUACCCACAGGACUACCAGCAUGCGGGAUAUUACCAGACCUCAGAAGGAUGGCGGCCAGCACCUGUGCCUACGUUGCAAAAGAAGCCCAAGGAACUGGACAAGGCUAUGUGGGUCGGCAACGUGCUGAACGAUACGACGGUAGCGGAGCUGAAGGCUAUCUUUGAGGCUGAACCGACCGAAGCGGAGGGAAACAUUCCGCACGAUAUUCCAGAGGCAACCGUCGAUCGUGCUGUUCAACGUUUCCACGACAGGGAGUUCAAGAGCACUCGGCUUGUAUGCCGACCCAGGAAGGAUCCCGUCCCGGAUCCAUACUCCAACAAGCCAGGAGGCCCUCCUGGUCGAUUCCCGCAGCAACAUCACCAACUACACCCUCCUCAUCUGACGGAUCCCAUGGGCUACUUCAACAACAACACCAUCGGUAUCACCAACGAGGCACCCUUGCUCACACAACGGAUGAAUUCUGGAAUCGCGCAACCUGAACUCUCGGAGGUGCAGUCCCGCCUGGAAAGAAUGCGCCUGGAGGGGAGCCCGCUACUCGACAGCUCUUCAAGUGGUGGUGAAGGAUCCUCCCCGACGGGCUCCAGACACAGUAAGCGGAAACCCAAGUCGAGCCACAAAAAGCUUCGCUCGUCUUCCUCCUUAGGGUAUGCGGAGUCGCGGUACUUUAUUAUGAAGAGUUUGAACGAGGAAGAUCUCAAGCUGAGUGCGCAAUUUGGACUCUGGGCAACUCAGGAGCAAAUUGUCCCCAUCUUGAACGAUGCCUUUACGAACUCCAAGAAUGUGUACCUUAUAUUCAGUGCCAAUAAGAGCGGGGAGUUCUUUGGCUAUGCUCGGAUGAUGGAUCUCAUUUCGGUAGAGAACGAGGCAGCGAUCAAGGCAGGCAGAGAGGAUCGGAUUUGGCAGCCUGCAGUGGAGAUUCCUCUUUCGCCAGAGAUGAAGGCGGCGAUGCUGGAUGAGAUUGAGCAAGCGGCGAAGGAAGGUAAACAGCUUACUUUCGAAGAGGCCGAGGCAAUUUCCCUCGCAUCAACAACCACCAAGACGUGGGGUAUCAUAUUCCCUAUUCAGUGGAUCGACAUGCAUAAGGUUCCAUUCGCGAGAACGACGCACAUGCUGAAUCCAUUGUACGAGAACAGAGAGGUCAAAGUGUCGAAGGAUGGAACAGAGGUUGAGCCAUCAGUGGGCGAGCAAUUGGUCAGUUUGUUCAAAAAGACUAGCAAUAAUCGCAAGGGACGGGGCAGCGUUAGUGGCACGACAAGCAGGAGCAACUCGGAGACAGGAGACAGCCGUCGAUCCAGUGUUGCCGGCGACAGUAACUCGCUCGCCCCGCUCUCAGCCCAGCGGACCGCGUCUUCCCGCCGGUCAAGCAUGAUGAGUACGCGCUCGACAGGUUCAACAGGUGGUGGAGACCGUCGCCCUUCUCUUGAUCCCUCACGCUCUCAGGGCUCUGGUCCAAGGUCUGCACACUCUCCUCGCCCUUCGUCACAUCGCAGUCAAUUCGGAACGGAGGGCUAUCAGUCACCUCAUUCCACGUCUAGUGGAUACCGGUCGUCGCCUCGCCAUCAGUACUAUGGCAGUAGCAACACGCCUCAAGGUUUGUACUCGGAUCAUCCUAGCACGACGCAAGAGCACCAACGGCCUGGCUGGAACGCCAAGACGAGCUACAGAGGCGGUCAUGGCGUAUAUGGCUCCGCACCCUAUGGAGGCGUACCUCAUAUGCAAGGUGGAUACUAUCCUCAGGAACAAUCGACCAAUUAUCGGAAAGGAGGACCUGGAGGUGGAGUCAAGUACGCUGGGCCUCAUGGCGGUAGCACAGGAGUAGGAGGAGGCUAUGAGGCGCCUCCAUUCAAUUCACCCCACAAUAACCGGCGACAAGGAGGGCCUCAGCCAGCGACCUCCCCUGGCCAGUAUCGAGCCAAUGUGUCGCCGCCUGGGGCAGAUAUAUUCAAGCAUGGACCCGGUGGUUCAUCGCCGGCACUGGGGAUCGCAGGACAGCCAGGUUCACACGAUCAGGGGGGACACUUGGGAGGGGCUAGAGGAGGAGGACCGAUGGCAGGAGGAGGACAAGGACCUGCUCACCCAGGAGGUGCAAUGAUGCCACCCCAUCCAGGAAUGUAUGCAGGACAAGGACCUCAUGGCGCACACUAUGCGUCGUUCCCGCCUCCUGGAUACCCAGUGAUGCCACCGUACAUGGGCUACUCGUAUGUUCCGGGCCCCAAUCCGUUUAUGCAUGGGGCGAUGGCGUGGCACCCUGGUCAAGGACCUCCAAUGCCUGGUGGGAUGUUACCUGGGCCCUCUAUGGUCUCUGGGCAUGCCGCGACGAUACCGAUGAUCCCUGGUGCGCAUGGAGAGGUGCAUGGAAUGGAAGGGAUGGUGCCCAUGAUCGGAUAUGAUGGACUCACGUAUGGAUACAUUCCUGCUGAAGAAGCAUACCAUCAGCAAAUGUAUGGAUACGGAUACAUGCCUCAUGAUCCCCAUGCAGCCGAAAGGGCGGAAGACGGCAGCAGCUUGGGAAACUAUGGAGAGACCCAGGAAGAGGCAGAUGAGGAACAGGAAAAUGAUGGUGAAACCGAAGAAGGGACGAGGCACGACAAUGACGAUGGUGACGAUGUGACAACACCCGGUAAUGGCCACCAUCAUGAAGAAGAUGAAGAUGAGACGCAACAACAGGCCAGGUCACGAUCUCUAACGGAAUCGACAAAGACGCUGACGCAGGGGGAUGAAAAUCCUUUGUCGUCUUCCCGAACCAGAACUCGAUCUUCUCGGUCUGUCUCGUCUUCUACUGUAUCAUCGUCGUCGACGCUGAUCCCGCCCCCGGGUGGGUCGCGUAAGAAGUCUCUUGGUGCUGGGAACACAUCUGAGGAGAGUAAGGAAGGAGGCGACCAUGAGGAUGAUGACAGCCUUGAGAUUUCUGAUGUUGUUCAAGUCUAG